UAUUCUUCUUUCAUUCUCCCAUUCUGAAGAAAGGAAACUCGUAACGCUUCUUCCUGACUAGAUUUUUGACUGCUUAUGUUGGAUUUGAGACUUAACCGUUGUCUUUGUUCUUUUCUUGAUCAUAUCUCAUCUUUUUUGUUGGCUGAUUAAAUCAUUCAUUCCUGGUUUCUGAAAUUGGCAGAAACUCCACUAGUGUCCUCUUUUGCUGGUCUCAAUUCUUUACACCAAAGUGUCGGCCACACUGAAAUUAUUCUCAUCUCCCACCCAGAAACCCUCAAAAGUAACCCUUUGGUUUUGGAUUCUCACAUCAAGAGCACUAUCAUUCAGUUUCCUCAUAUCUUUUAACCAAAAUUUUCUUUUGUUUGCUUCUGUUGUCUACCCAUCGAUCCGAUAUUCUUCCAGGGAAGAAUGGCUCUGGCUUUCCCUCGAUUAUCUUGGUGGUUGUGGAGUGGAAAAGAUCGCGAAACUAACGUCUCCUCUUGCGCUUCUUUAAAUUCUUCAUCUGAUUUGGGAUUGGGUGUGCGAGAGUCCGAUAAUGUGAAAUUUCCUUCAGUGAAGGGGGGUAAGAUGCACUCCACGCCGAGAAGGAUUAAGCGGAAAUGGCACAGCAGAGAAGAGCGAAGAAUCGACAGGGAAUAUGAUGUGGUGCUGGUUCCAUCCGAUGGUGGGUGUUUAUCGGGAUCUGAAUCUGACGACUCCGACUGGUCGAUUGGGUGGUUGGAGCCCCAUGCCCCUGAUUUCCUUAGUGACGAUGAGACGGAGAACAGUUUCGCCGUGCUGGUUCCAUGCUAUGGCCGUGGCCGGAGGGAGCUGGUGGAGGUCAACAGCCCUAAGACUCAGUUUUUGGGUGCCAUCGGGAACCUCCCCAAUACUGCAAGCCAUUUUUUAGAAAGCAAGAAGUAUAUAGAAGAGUGGCUUUCUUCUCUUCAGAACAACUGAGAAUCACUAUUUGUUGGUUGUUGGCCUUAGAACAGUGCUUCUUCUGUGUUAACUACGAGGGAAUAAUGGCACAACCAACAAAAAAUCCUUUUAGGAAACUUAUGAACCAAUCCAAUCAUUAAGUGGAAGCAGCAAAAGUUGGACUACUACGAGGCCUGGUUUGUUCCUUUUUUGUUUUAAAAUUCUGGUUGCAUGUUACCCUUUUUCUACUUCCAGGAGUAGGGACUAAUUCAAUGAAGAACAAGGAAAAUAAUAUUUUUUUGAGGGGGGCGGGGUUGGUUCUGGUGUUUGAAUCCUUAUAUAUAUUCUUUCAAUGUAAAUAGCCGCUGUGCUGUACAUAUAUGGGAAAGCAUUUUUAUGCUCAAGUUAUCACUUCUUGUAAAUAAUACCUUUUAUUUUGUCCAUAACAUCAAAGGACCAGACUGAUAUAGUUACUUCUUU